AUGCAUCCACAUACAACUCUGUUCACGCCUGAGUACUCAGAUGAGUUACUGCGAAGGGUUCAGGACCUGUAUCAUGAAGAUAUCAAGCACUACUAUCCACAGCUAAAAUUGGAGAAGCUGUUGGACCUUCUGGAACAUACAGAGUAUCUCUUCGAGUUAUAUCUGGACUCUAUGCACCAUGGUAGGCCAAACGAUGCGCUGACAGCGUUCGUCAUUGGGUGUUACUACGUGUUCCUGAUUAUUCCACAAUCUUUGCAGUUCCAAACACGAAACAAGUCCUAUAGUAUUUAUACAGACCUAAAGAAGAUGUACGAGAAUGAAAUGAACAUGACCAACGUCGUUCUGAUGGUGAAAAAGGAAAUCGGAGUGGUGCUAGAUGAGUCGGUUAAACACGUGGUGGGUAUUGAACAUAGAAUCAACAAAAAAAGAGCAUUUUCUGUGCCAGCUAACGAUCUCUCAGGUCAAGUGGCUUCAUUGUCAUUAGACACUGCCGGGCCGCAGCAACAUAAUAUCAAAGUUCCACUCACAGAAGACGAUAUGGACCAAUCUUCGCCUGUUUGGACCGCACCAAAUUUAGAACCUAAUGAUCAACUGAAACUGGCUUUAUUACCCGAGGUGAUACCAACGUCAACUUUCAACGAACCUGAAAGAAAGUCAACUAGCCCAGCCAGACCAUCUGUUCUACUGGAAGAUGUACCCUGUACAUACCACGAUAAUGACGCCAGUACUGCUUCUUUGAAUCCACCGUUUCGUGAUAUUACUGCGGAUAGAUCGGUAACUCAUCGAAAGGACUCUUACCAUUCUGUAUAUAUGGUCGAUAGUGACAACCUCAAGGAAGAUAAUGACGAGUUUUUGAAUGUUGAGAACGAUGGGUUCAUCCAGAGUUUAGAUAUUUUACAGAAACAAAGUAUUAUCACAGCACCUGAAUUGUUUAGUAUUUUAUCCAAUCGCGUUGAACGUGAAAAGGUUCUGCUUAUUGAUUUAAGAAUACCACAAAGAUCUGCAGUAAAUCACAUAGUGGCACCAAAUUUGGUGAAAGUUGAUCCGAACUUAUUAUGGGACAAGAAGACGAAUACACCCGUUUAUCAAGACGACAUACUGGAGCAUUUACUGAAGGAAAAUGAGAACUUCGCCAAUCGUGAUAAAUUUGACUAUAUAGUUUAUUAUUCUGAUGUGAAAACUUUCAUGACUAUAAACUUCGAUUAUGUAUUCAUUUUCUUCUAUUUGAUGCUGACUUCCCAAAAGACCCCUCUAACCACUGUUCCUACUGCUCUCUUAGGUGGGUAUGAAAAAUGGAAGAAAACUUUGCACUCAUAUGCUCAGGAGUACCACAUCUCUGUCGAAGAUUACUUAUAUAGACCGUAUUCCCAAAAGGCACGCGCACAGCAGCAGCAGCAGCAGCAACAGCCGAACUCUCAAGACUCCUCUUCUAGUAAGGAAACUCCCACAAAAGUUCCUGAACCUCCCUCUUGGAAGCCUCCUGACUUGCCUAUAAGGUUAAGAAAGCGACCUCCGCCACCACCACCUGCAUCAAUGCCUACUACCCCGGAAAUUCCACCCCCCCUACCACCUAAGAUCAUGGUCUAUCCACAUGAAGGUUCUGUUCCUCGAAAACCGCCAAUACCAGCAAAACAGCAUGUUAAGAAAAAGCAAUCUAACUCUAAUGAAAUCAUUCAAAGAAAAAGGCAGCAGCAACAUUACGGUCAACAAUUAUUACAGCCACUACCGCCGAAAGAUUACAGCAUACCAACCAUUGAACGAAAUCCCAACGUAUACGUUUCGUUGUCCAUUACAGGGCUAAGAAACUUGGGCAACACAUGUUAUAUCAAUAGUAUGAUUCAAUGCUUAUUUGCCGCAAAAACCUUUCGAACCCUUUUCAUUUCAUCAAAUUAUAAGAACUACCUUGAGCCAUUGGCAUCUAAUAGACCUCAUCAUUCUCCCAAACUUUCUAAUUCGCUAAGUAUGCUUUUCAAUAAGAUGUACUUAAAUGGUGGUUGUUCGGUAGUCCCGACUGGGUUUCUUAAAGUUAUCAACCAAUUACGUCCCGAUUUGAAAAUUCCUGAUGAUCAGCAGGAUACCCAAGAAUUUUUAAUGAUACUCUUAGACAGGUUACACGACGAACUUUCCAAUCAACAACAUGUAGCGAAUGACUAUCCGAAUUUAUUGUUGUAUAAUGCAGAUGUUCUAAAAGUUUCAAAUAACGAAUAUAAGCACUGGUUUGAUAAAAACGUAAUUGGCAAUGGUAUCUCUCCUAUUGAUGAUAUUUUCCAAGGUCAGAUGGAAAACAGUUUACAGUGUAAAAGGUGCGGUUACACGACUUUUAACUACAGCACCUUUUAUGUUUUAUCAUUGGCUAUACCAACACGUUCCAUGAAAUUGAGUAAACUUGGUAGAUCUACUGAAAAAAGGGUCAAAUUAGAGGACUGUAUUAAUAUGUUUACGAGUGAUGAAGUGCUCUCUGGUGAAAAUGCGUGGGACUGUCCGCGCUGUGGCCCUACGGCGUCUUUUACUGCAUCUGCAUCUGCAUCUGCAUUAGAAAAUGAAUCUUCCAUUCUCAAGAGCAAAAAGAAGAAAAGUCGGUUUUUCACAUUGCAUACAGGAUCUAAGAGGCGUCAUCUUGAUAUUUUUGGGGACAGUAAUGGCGAAGGCAACAAUAUUAAUAAUACGAUGAUUUUUGAACGAGAAAGAUCCAGAUCGCCCUUUAAAAUGUUGGGUGGUAGCGGAAAAAGGUCCAGUUCUAGCACACCAUUCGCUAAUGGUGGUAAUGACAGUAACAACACUGGCGAUUUUAAGAACAAAAAAAUGACUACAGUAAAAACGAUAAAUUUUGUAACUUUACCAAAAAUCUUAGUGAUCCAUCUCUCUAGAUUUUACUAUGAUUUGACCAAGAAGAACAACACGGUUAUAACAUAUCCCUUAAUACUGAACAUAAUCCUGAAAAACAAUGAUACCAUGAAAUAUAGGCUAUUUGGGGUGGUUAAUCAUACAGGCACCCUGAUCAGCGGUCAUUACACGUCAUUGGUUAACAAAGAUCUAGAACACAGUGUAGACAUUGGACGUUCUAAAUGGUAUUAUUUCGAUGAUGAAGUUGUCAAAGCAGAUAAGAAGCAUGGAUCCGAUAAAAACCUGAAGAUUUCAAGCAGCGAUGUUUACGUAUUGUUUUAUGAACGGGUUUACGAUUAG